UCUAAUAUUUCAUACCACCACAACACAACACAACACAACACAACACAACACACACUAACACUCAUAGUCUUCUUCUCUCUCUCAUUGAUGGCAUCGAGCUCGAUGGCACGAGGGUCUUCUUCGUCGUGGACUGCUAAUCAAAACAAGCAAUUCGAGGAGGCUUUGGUGAGAUACGAUAAGGAUUGGCAUAAGAUUGCAAGAGCAUGUGGGAAAACGGUUGAGGAAGUGAGGAGGUAUUAUGAUGCCUUAGAAAAGGACAUCAACAAUAUCGAAACGGAUCGAGUACCUAUACCUAACUACACAUCCAUCUCUACUAACAGAGGAUACACCACCGACCACCGGUUUAUGAUGAAGAAUCUCAAACUGAAGUGAUUAACUUUGUUCGGUGUUAUACACAAGUGUGUAACGCUUGUGACGCAUCAACAAUGAUAUAAUUGUAUCUUUUCUUGUUUUGUUCCUUUUUUAGAUAUCGUGUGGAACUCGUUUCACUAUUCUUAUUUUGCUACAAAAAAAAUCGUUGUUUACUGACUCACAAAAUUUGCCACUAAUUAUCAAAAAUCCGUCGGUAAACAGUGUUACAGGAUGAAUACCGACGGAUUACGGAAGUUGGUGAUUGAGUUGAUGCAUAAUAAUUUUACUAAACGGCCGGAUUGCGCCAGUAGUAAAAUUACCGACGACCAUUGUGAUGAAUUAUCCGUCAAUAAAUCUCAUUGCCAAUUUCAGACAA